CUGAUAUCACGUGACCAUGAUACCCCCUGUUUAACUUUCUACGAUGCUAUAUGUCGAUCAUGGCGAUUAAUAAUACUUCGUAUAGAGUUCUGUAAUCUGCAUGGCAAAGUUAAAAAAGAAGAAUGCAGGUUGAUCGCCUGCAGAAAUACUCCGUAUUCCGUACCUAAACGGCCAGCGCCAUUCUGGCCGUUCCAUGGUCUAUUCAUAUGACUAUAGCAUUGCUUGAUUCCAGCAUGUGUUCCUGAUGGAAAAUCCUCCGCCGGCCACGUGAGGACGUGAUGGUCCGAUGAUGCCCAGAGCAGCGACCUCAAGAGUCAGCACAUACUGACCUCCCAGCAUUACUGAGGAAACGCAAGAGAUGCAUCCUUCGGGGAUCAAGGACCAAGGUUUGACGGGCUCUGCUGCAGGCGGGCGUCCUUCCGUCCUUCUAGAACUGGUUCAACCUAAUAUGAGUGGAGAACUGUCAAUUCCCAUUACUCCAUCAAAAACCCUUUCCAGAAGAAUUUUUCGCCCGGUCGAAAUUGCGCAAUCGCGCUGUCUCAUAUCGCCAGAAUCGUGAGGAUGAGCAUCGCCGUCAUCUCGUCGCCAUGGAAGAAUUCUGUCUUCUCCCCUUUCCCGCAGACGUCCUCGUCAUAUUCGCCCAGAGUCGCUGGCUCUUCUCUUCCAGACGUCAAAGGGAUACGAGAACGAGUGCUAGCUAGUACUGUGUGGUAUUGCUAGUACGUUUUAGGGCUGUACACAAACGCUCAUCGCUGCUGCUGCUCUCUACCACGCCACGCUGCAUUGCAUCACAUCGCGAUCCCAGCACCUCAUCCUGGUCAUUGCUACACUGUCUCUCGUCCCCGUUUCUAGCCGGCAGGCCAAGUUCCUUCGUCCCUGCUGCGUUGGACGGAGCUGAGGAUCGAGCCACGGGGGGGAGCCCGAUUACUCCUAUUAAAGCAUCCCGCGACCGGCUCUGUCUUCUGGAAUCCUCGCAGUAGGACCUUUUGAUAUCGAUCACUUCCCGGCCUACCCAGACUGCACAGCAUCAUGGGAAUUCUAUCGUUACCUACCGGUCAUGACAAGGCGGUGGAAUCCAGUUCCAAGGCCGUCGACGAUGUUCACAAGCUGGACGGGGUUACCCCCUUGUACGAAGGGGGCGACAUUAUCGAAUCUACCCCGGAUGAUCGACGCCAGAUUGGCAUCUUGAGUGCUUCCGCACUGAUCUUCAACCGCGUCAUCGGCACGGGUAUCUUCGCGACCCCAAGUACCAUCCUGGCAUUGACAGGUAGCGUCGGCCUCUCCCUUUUCAUGUGGGUAGCUGGUACCGCGAUCGCUAUGGCCGGUACCGCCGUCUACUUGGAAUGGGGAACUGCAAUUCCCAAAAAUGGCGGAGAGAAAAACUACCUCGAAUACGUCUACAAGAAACCCCGAUUCCUCGUAACCGCUAUGUUUGCGUCCUAUGUCGUCUUACUAGGCUGGGCCGCUAGCAACAGCACCGUGUUUGGCCAGUACGUCUUGGUUGCUGCGGACAUCGAACCGGGUCGUUGGAACCAGCGCGGGAUCGGCCUCGCAUGCCUCUCGGCUGCAUUUCUCAUCCACGCGUUCGCUUUGAAAUGGGGUCUCCGUCUUCAGAACCUGCUUGGUUUGGUCAAGCUGAUUGUCAUCCUCUUCAUCAUUGUUUGCGGCUGGGUGGCUCUUGGGGGCCAUCUGAGGAUCGAGAAACCCCACAACUUCACAAAUGCUUUUGAAGGCACCAAGGGCUCCGGCUAUGGCAUCGUCACUGCGCUCUACAAUGUCAUAUGGUCGUUCGUCGGUUACUCCAAUGCAAACUACGCACUGAGUGAGACCAAAAAUCCCGUUCGCACGUUAAAGAUCGCCGCCCCGGUAGCCAUCACUUGCGUCGGAAUCCUGUACAUGCUCACCAACAUUGCCUACUUCGCUGCGGUGCCGAAGGAGGAGAUCCUUUCCUCGGGACAGAUCCUUGCCGCAACCUUCUUUAAGAACAUGUUCGGUCCACGAGCCGAAAAGGCCAUGGCAGCAUUGGUGGCAGUAUCUGCCUUUGGUAAUGUCAUGUCGGUGUUGUUCUCUCAGGGCCGUAUUGUCCAGGAACUGGGUCGUGAGGGUAUCCUGCCCUUUUCCAAGGUGUGGGCUAGCAACAGACCGUUCAAAUCUCCCGCGGCUGGUCUGUUUGAACACUACAUUAUGUCGGUGGUCAUCUUGUUGGCUCCUCCCCCGGGCGAUGCAUAUAACUUUCUCCUCAAUCUCAUCUCCUAUCCGUUAUCCAUCGUCAAUAUCUUCGUUUCUGCUGGCCUCAUCUACAUCUACGUGACCAAGGCCCGAAACUUCCCUGACUGGGCACCUGGAAUCCGGGCCACUCUGCCUGUCACCAUCUUCUUCUUCCUGUCCAACAUUUACCUGACUGUUGCCCCGUAUAUCCCACCAGACGAAGGCAACAACGUGUACAAGAGUCUACCAUACUAUCUUCAUUGCGUCGUGGCCUUAGGAAUCUUUGGCUUCGGCGCACUGUACUGGAUAGUUUGGACAAUCAUCCUUCCGUACUUUGGUCGCUAUGUGCUCGUCAGGCAGACCGUGAUAGACGCAGAUGGCUGGUCGCGAAGUGUCUUCACCCAUGUGCCGGUGGCACCAGCAGAGCAACGCCAGGAAUAGUGACCUCACCUUUUCUAUUUAUUUUUGGACCAUAACGAUAGCAACGACUGGAUGGCGUGGGUUUGGUUGGCUGUACCCUUGGGUGAUAGAGAAAAAGGAAUUUUGGGGUCAUUUGGGAUUCAACGCCAGUGUACUUGUAAUAGUAAUGAAAGAGCAAAUCUCUAUUAUCACGGAUCCUGAUCCAAAACAAGCAGAUAAGACUAAACUAUAAAUACUAUUGAACUGAUCGUGCCGGGUACGGUUAACCCACUUGAUCUGUCCCAGUGAUCUAUGGAAGCCCACCCACAACACGUUGAACGCAGUCGUGGACCCCUCAAACUCGCUGGAGCAUGUUCUUGCAAGGAUAGCACCAGGUGUGCUGCACAGAAAUCUGCCAUGAGCGGACGUAGAAAGUCGGUUGGGCACCCCCUGC